AUGUCUGAAUCGAGUGAGCUGCAGCCAAACAAGACAACGAAGGAUACACAGAUAGCCUCUUCAUUUUCUCAUAGCGAUGACGAUGAGGGACUCUCCGAGCAGACCGCGAAGCUCCCCCUUCCAGGACCCCACCAACAAAAGCAUAUCCGAAACCGAGAGCUGGCAGCCCAAGUGCCUAACUCCUCGAGUAGUGGCGAGGAAGAUGAUCUUCCCGUAAGAUCUAAUAGAGCUCGCAGAUUAAUCACUCGCAAAGACAAGAGCCGUCUUCCACAAUCCUCGCCCUCAGCGACGCCGAGGUCUCGGCGAUCUUCGCGAGGUCUUUUCGUUAGCCCGACGGCAUCUCCUAUUACAGCUAAGACGUCGAAGACUACGUAUCCAGUACCUUCUGAUUCGGAUGACUCCGUAAAUCCACGACUUAAUGCAGACUUGAUGGAGAGGACUAGAAAGAUAAGGGCUGAACGAAAGAGACUGCAGAAAGAGCAACACGAUCAGAAGAAGCAACAGCCGCGUGCUGGACAUGAUGCAGACCAAGAAUCUGACAGCGACCCCGAUGGUGAGAAUGGAAGACGUCUUACACAACAAUCAAAGCCGACGCGAAAAGCAAGCAAGAAAGCUAUGGAAGAGAUGGCCCGCGAACAGCAGAGGAUAAAUCGUAACAUGCAACUCACUCACCAAGCCAAAACUAAAAAGAGACACGGUAUCAAAGAUCUGUUUGCAAAGCUUGGGUACAAUCACGCUAUCCCGGAAGAACCAACAGCGCUUUCGAGUUCCGACGCAAACUCGCCGUUGGGUUCCUCAGAUGUUGAAGGUAUUCAGGCACAUGAUACACCCCCUACAAGUCCUCCGAGCCAAGAGAAUUCAAUUAAGAUGCCUGACGCGAUAACUGGCGUAGAGAUCCUGCCUGAGACAGAUUCUUUACAAGAAAAGGUCGAUCAUGCCUUAGCACCAACUGCAACCACGCUGCCUCCCGUCACGGUUGACAAGGGUAAGGGACGUGCCCUAGACUUCCAGAACUUGUCUACGAACCCGUUGCUUGAGCAAGAACAGCCAACUAUCAUACGAAAUGCUCAACUGAACACCCCGAAGCUCUCAAGCGCUGAAAUGGUUGACUUGUCGGAUUCCGAAGAUGACAUUGAAGUCAUGAAACCCAAAAGCCGGUUUCCUGUUUUCGACAACCUUCCGAAGAGACAGCAGCAGGAAGCCCCUUCUCUUCUCCACCUUCGCCACCUCGCUCACUUAACGUCACCUAGUAAAACAGCCCCGAAAGGUCGGCGUUCGAUGAAUGCAACAGAGUUGCAGAUGUCUCUUGGGCGGCGCGCACGUCAACAGGCACAGAAGGAACGCGAGGAGAAGAUUGCGGAUUUGAAGCGAAGAGGUAUUCAUGUUGAGACGGAAGAGGAGAGGGAGAAACAUCAGUUAGAGAUUGAAGACAUGGUUGUUCAGAUCGAGAAAGCCCGCCAAGAAGACUUGAAGCUCCGAAAGAUAGAGCGAGAGGAAGCAAAGAAGAAUGGUGAAACUGGGGACUUGAUGUUGUCGAGUGAUGAAGACGAGGAUUAUGUUGGGGAUGGAGAGGAGGAAGGUGGCGAAUUAGAAGAGCCCGAAUAUGAAGCUGAAUUGGAGCUUUCGGGCUCGGAAGAGGAGGACGUUGAAGAAGAAGCCGAAGAUGAAGAUGAAGAGAUGGACGAGGACGGACAAGCGGACAAUUCAAAUGGCCUGCUUGACCCAGAAGCUUGUGAAGAUGGCGAUGAGUCCGAAGAGUGUCUCGAGGAAGAUUUCGGCAAUGAACAAGAGAUGGAGGAUGAACCAGUCUGUACACCUACUCGCAAGACUGCCACAAGAAGGGCUAGAAAUGUUGUGGUCGAUGACGAAGAUGAGAGUGAGGAUGAGGCCCCGAAGAGCUCAUCGCAAUCUCUGCAGAAAACUCAAGCGACACAGGUUGAUGAAAUGGCUGCAUUUGGCUUUAAUUCAGGCACUGGGCUAGGUCUUACUCAAGUUUUUGCUGGCACCAUGGCGAACCUGGAAUCCAAUUCUCAGACCACCCACCCCCUUGACGAGGAACCAGAACAAGACUCUCUAGAUUUCCUACGUAGUCUUCCUGAUACACAACCUUUGGGGCUGCUCAAUUCAACGCCAGACCUUCUUGUGCCCAACAGUCAAGAACCAGCUCCCCAAGCAGGAGACUCACAAGCUAGCCAAGUCUCCCAGAUCUAUUUAGGAUUCAGCCAGCUUAUCGGAACCUCUCCAAAUUUCCCGCAAACUCAGCUUUCCGAAAUGCCUGAGCCGACACAGGAUGCUGGCUUUGAACUAUCUUUUUCACCUGCCGGUCUCGUACCUCUACCUUCGACAAUUAACACGGUGAUGCUACCCAUAGCUGAAACUCCAGUCGUUCAGAGAAGAGGUAGACUCCAACGUCGCAAGGACAUGGUUCCUGAGCUAUCAUUUAUCGAUGAGGAUAAUAUCCCUGCUGAAUCCGAGGAAGAAGAGACACAGCCUACUUCGGGGAGCAGAGACGCGUUUGAUGCUUUGAAACAAGCGGCUAAGAAACAGCGUGUCGUGAAUGACUUUAACAAAAAGACUAGUUGGGCAAAGGACGUGGUCGAAGAGCAAGCUGAAGAGUCUGAAGAUGAAUAUGCAGGUAUUGGAGGAGCCAGUGACGAUGAUAGUGGGGAAGAUGACGAAGAGCUCGCCAAGAUGAUCGAUAUAAAUGAUGUGAAAGUUGAUGAACGGAGGAUUGCCGCUUAUUAUGCUGAAAAGGCUAAGGCGGACGAUGAGAAGAACAUCAAUCAACUAUACAAAGAUAUCAUGAGUGGUGCCCUGAGGAAGGGCAGAGGGGGUGGUGCAUUCGAUGUGUCUGAUGAUGAAGACGAGGCCGAGCAGCGGCGUAGGAAGAAGCAGCAAGAAUUCCAGUUAAUGAGAAAGGCUCUUGUUGCAGAUGAGCGGAUUGGAAAGCUUGCUGAGAACCCCAAGCAAAUGGCGUUCUUCCGCACAUUGGAAGACCACGAAGACGACCAGGACUUUCAGUUCCUUGACGCACCAGCUAUAGAUGUCGACAUGGAUGGUUCCGGCUCUGGUUCCGGCUCCCAGUCCAACUCCGCCCAGGAAGGCGAAGAAGAUAUUACAGUCCCAGAUUCCCAAUCUCUCGCGCCCACCACCACCGCCCCAAUCAACCCUCUAAAACGCAAAGCUCCCGAUGCCCAGGACAAAGAGAACCGUCCACCACCUCAUGCGCGACGCACAGCACCCUCCGACAACUUCACACGGAAGCCCAUCUCCUUCGCCGAUGUCCAACAAUCUGUCUUGGAACUCCUCGACGAGCCUAACAUGGUUCCUGAAUCCUCGUAUACCGACUUCUCUGACUCCGGGGAUGAACUACCUGCACCUAUUAAGCCUGCACCCCGCACAAUAAUCGAUCGUCUCAGUCUCUCGCGAAGCGCCUCGCUUUCCUCAACACCUGAUACUAGUCGCUCUGGCAAUGUGGCCUUCCAUGCGCCGUCUGCAGGCGCCCAUCAACCUGGUUUCAGGGUUCCGAGUUUGGUCAGGAAGGCGACGAGUAACAUUUCUACGACGUCGGAGAGGAGUUCAGGCUUUAAUACGCCGGUUGAAGGCGGUGUUAGGAGGGGUGGUACUGGUCGGAGUAAUAUUCAUGCACAGGCUAGAGAGGCGGAGAGAAGGGCCAAGGUGGAGAAGGUGGAGCGGAAGCGGAAGGAACAGUUGAAGAGGAAGGUGGGGAGAGAGAGUAGGGCGAAGAGGAGUGUGCUUGGAAGUUUGGAUGGAGGGUUUGAGUAG